GGGUGCAGGCCGCGCAUGCGCCGCGUCCCCGGCGCCUCUCUUGGCCCCUCCGGCGCUCCGUAGCCGAGGCAGCCUCCGGCCCGCGGCGCGGGGUCAGGGCCGGCGGCCAUCUCGCGGCGGAGGCGGCCGGGGCCGGGGCCGGUUGUGGCUGCCGGUGGCGGCUGUGGGUGUCGGUGAGGCUGCGUCGCGCCCUUCCCCCCAUCCCCACCCCCGCCCCGCGGGCGGAGCAGCCCCGGGCGCGGCCCGGGCCCGCGGCCAUGUCCUCGUUCUCGGAGUCGGCGCUGGAGAAGAAGCUGUCGGAGCUGAGCAACUCGCAGCAGAGCGUCCAGACGCUGUCGCUGUGGCUCAUCCACCACCGCAAGCACGCGGGGCCCAUCGUCUCCGUCUGGCACCGGGAGCUCCGCAAAGCCAAAUCCAGCAGGAAGCUCACUUUCCUCUACCUGGCCAACGAUGUCAUCCAGAACAGCAAGAGGAAAGGUCCUGAGUUCACCAGGGAGUUUGAGUCGGUUCUGGUGGAUGCUUUCUCCCACGUUGCCAGAGAAGCAGAUGAGGGCUGCAAGAAGCCCCUGGAAAGGUUGCUUAACAUCUGGCAGGAGAGGAGUGUGUAUGGCAGUGAGUUCAUCCAGCAGCUCAAGCUCUCCAUGGAGGACUCCAACAGCCCCCAGACCAAAGUUGCAGAGGAGAAGAAGUCUCUCAAGAGGACUUUCCAGCAGAUCCAGGAGGAGGAAGAUGAUGACUACCCUGGGAGCUACUCGCCGCAGGACGCCAGCGCCGGGCCGCUGCUGACUGAGGACCUGAUCAAGGCCCUGCAGGACCUGGAGAACGCAGCCUCGGGGGACGCGACCGUGCGGCAGAAAAUCGCCUCCCUGCCGCAGGAGGUGCAGGAUGUGUCCCUGCUGGAGAAGAUCACAGACAAGGAGGCUGCGGAGAGGCUGUCCAAGACGGUGGACGAGGCCUGCCUGCUGCUGGCGGAGUACAACGGGCGGCUGGCGGCGGAGCUGGAGGACCGGCGGCAGCUGGCGCGGAUGCUGAUCGAGUACACCCAGAGCCAGAAGGACGUCCUGAGCGAGAAGGAGAAGAAGCUGGAGGAGUACAAGCAGAAGCUGGCUCGGGUGACCCAGGUCCGCAAGGAGCUCAAGUCGCACAUCCAGAGCCUCCCAGACCUGUCCCUGCUGCCCAACGUCACAGGGGGGCUGGCACCUCUGCCAUCUGCUGGUGACCUCUUCUCCACAGACUAAAGGUUGCUGUGCCCCCAUCCCCACUGUUACCAGCAGAAAGAAGAAGUCUCUGCUCCUGCCUGGCAGUCCAGGCUGCCGACAGCUCCAGUGGGAGGGACCCUGCAGCCCCUGUUCUCCCCCUCUGCCUGCCCCUGCUCUUCUCUGCUCGUGCUGAGGGGAGGAAGAGGAGCUCAGGAGGGGGUGGGGCUGGGCCCUGGAGGCAGACUCCCCUGCUCCUCCUCCAUGCUCUUUAGUUGCUGUUUGCCCUUAGCACUUGGCACCCCAGAGGCUGUGUUGCUCCUGUACGUGCACCCUGCAAGCCUUCUGAGCAAGGCUGCCCCUGCAGCCCCUGCCCUCUCUGCAAGUCUUGUGUCCCUUCUGACUCCUGGCUGCUGAACCUCACCCCUCGGAGCUGGAGAGUGCCUGCUGGGUGCCAGGCACCGUGCCCAGGGAAGGUGGCACCGACUGAGCAGCGCCGCAGAGGAAGCUUUGCCUGCAGCCCUGGGGCUGAGGCUGGGCAGUGCCGAGGAGCAGCUUUCCCGCCUGGAUCACAGCUUCAGGACUGGCUCUGCUGAGCCCUGCAGAGCUGGGGGCGGCCUGAAGGAGAGGAGGGAAGUCGUCGUGGUUCAGCUGCCUGGGCACUGCCCCACCUUCUGCCCCCUCGGGUGGGUGGCAGGGGCUGAGAGCUUGGCAAGGUGCACUGCAGCUGCUGACAUCCCUGGGACAGGCUGGAUCCAAGGAGAGCUCUGAGCUCCCUCCCUGUGGCAGCAGCAUGGAUUUAUGGAGCAAGCAGCCUGCUGUGUGCACGGGGACAGCUGAGGGAUGCUCCUUGCUCUGCCACGGAUCAGUGGGAGUUGAUUUUUAUCAUCAGGAAAAGUCAGGAAGGUAAAAAAAUACCAAACCAAAGGAGGGCAAUUGAAGAGGCUCUGAGCAGCUCCAUCCUGCUGCUGGCUGCUCUCCAGCUGCUGUGGCUGCACUCUAGGGCUCACUUUGUCUUGGGCCUGACACCCUUUGGACUCUGAUCACUGCAAACCAUUCCAGUUGGGAUAACAGACUGAGGUCAAACUUCAACACCUCCCCCAGCAGAGGGUUCUGGAAACACUUGGGCUGACCACAGAGGCUUUGUGGUGCUGGUUUUGUCUCUCCCUAGAGUCUUAAGCUGCUGCUGGCAGAGACAUGAGGGGAGCCCUCCCCCCACAUCCCUUCCCCUCAGUGCUAGGCUGCUGUGUGUCCCUGCAGGCUGCCCAGCAGCUGCUCACUGUUCACUGCAGCAUCUGGGGGGUCCUGGGAAGCUUCCCCUCCUUUCCUCACUGCCACUUGAGUUGUGUCCCUCUUAUGAGAGCUCCUUGCUCCCCACUCCCUGCCCAGCCACAGUUGGUUUUCAGUUUACAGGCAGUCUGGGAGUGCAGAGCUGCUCCUUCCACGGCUCGCUCUGACACAGCCUUUUAUGGUCCAAACCCUCCUGAGCUCCAGCAACUCUCUCUGCUUUUGCCAAAACGAAAGAAAAACAAAAAAGAAGACCCCAACCCCCCCCCAGAAAACAAACCAAAACAGCAACCCCCAGACCUCAGCUCCCCAAACCCUGUCCCAGCUGAUGGAGUCCCCCCUGAGGCUUCUUCAGUCACCCUUGGCUCAGACCUGCGCCGGUUCCGUGUCCCUCGGUUUGCCGUUUGGGGCAGACCUUUGCCCUCUGCUUUUGUCCUGGGGGGGUUGGGUUUGGUUUGAGUUCUUUUUUACAUUGCAGUCCUCUGAGUUUUGUUUUGUUUUGUUUCAGACAUAUUUGUCUUGGGUUUGUUUUGCUUAAUUUAAAUGAACUCUGCCAGGGUUUCAAGUUUGCCACUUUUAGGGGCGGAGGAGGAGGAGGAGGAGGAAGGCUGUGUGCUGAAUUUUGGCUGAGGCUCUCUUGAGCCUGAAAAGGUUGAUUUUUAUUCCCCCCCCCACCUCUCCCCUCCCCCAGGUGUGUGUUUGGUGUUUUGUUGUGCUGGUUGUUUGGGGGGGGUUGGGUUCUUUUGUUUGGGGAUUCUGUUUGGUUUGGGGUUUUGAGGGUUUGGGGUUUUGAGGGUUUGGGGUUUUGAGGGUUUGGGGUUUUGAGGGUUUGGGGUUUUGAGGGUUUGGGGUUUUGAGGGUUUGGGGUUUUGAGGUGUUUGGGGAUUUGGGUUUUUUGAUUUGGGGUUUUGAGGUUUUGGUUUGGGGUUUUUAGGUUUUGGGGUUUGAGCUUUUAGGUUUUGUUUGGGGAUUUGGUGUUUUGGUCUGGGAUUUUGAGGUUUUGGUUUGGGGGGUUUGGGGUUUUGGGUUGAGGUUUUUGGGGUUUUAGGUUGGGGUUUUGAGGUUUUCUUUGGUUUGAGGUUUUGGGUUUGUUAGGUUUGAGGUUUGGGGCUUUUUUGUUUGGGGCUUUUUUGUUUGGGGUUUGGGGUUUUUUGGUUUGGGGCUUUUUGGUUUGGGUUUUUUUUGUUUGGGGCUUUGGGUUUUUUGUUUGGGGUUUUGGGGUUGUUUUUUGGUUGGUUUUUUUUUGUUGUUGUUUUGGUUGUGUUUUGUCCUUUUUUUUUUUAACAGAAAGCUUAAAUCUGUACAUGAAGUGAUUUAGGAGCUCCUGUAGAGAUAGAGGCUGCCCUUGGGGCCAGCAGUAUAUUCUCAAUUGUCUCAUAGAUCUCUAUUUUUGAAUAAAGAGCCUGUCCUUGA